AUGAGCAGUCUUGACAGCUUUAUCGAGGACAAUGACAAGAGGGCAUUGAUAGAUACCAGCUCGAAACUCAAGAGCGACGACGUGAAGGUUUCUGCAGCGAGCAAGGACUCUCCAAGAGGGCAAACAAUAACCACACCGAAUAGCACGAAGAGCAUGAGAGUGCACCCUCAGAUAAGCCCGGCAAGCCCUAGCAAUCAGGAACAUCCAUUGAGAGACGUGUCUCCUCGUCUAGCGGGCAAGACAAAGCUUCCUCGCUCCAACACAGUAAAACGUCUCUCAUUGAUCCAGCCAGUCGUUUCUCCCCUUUCCACACCACAAGAAAACAGACAGACAGCUCGUUUGAACACAAGAAGACGGUCUCAAAGUACCAUUUCGGAUCAUUCCCGUAGCAGCAGCGGGACUUCAGAACUUCAUCCACAAACUGAAGUGGGCGCUGUCAGCGUCAAUUCGUUACUGCAGUUGCUGGCCAGCAAAGAACUUGAGCUUUUGGAAACCAAGCGCAAAAUAGAGGAACUCAGACGUGGAUUGGGUCACGAAGAAGCACAGCUACAGCUCCAGGCCCAACAACUUCAAGACCUGAAAAAUCAGGUCGGUAGAACCGUAUACGCCGGGGUCGAUGAUCACAAAAACAUGAGAAACAGCAGAAAAGCCCCAAAUACUUCGAAUCCUCCGCAACAAGCAUCAGUCCACCCAUCAGUAGCCGAAGACUCGUCACAUUCCAUGGCUAAUAAGGAGUCUAUGUGGUCAAAGCCACUAACGUUUUUCAAUCAAUUCGAUCAACUGAUUCAACAUGAACUAGAGAAGAAACUGCAUUGGGAUGAAGUUCCCUCACCGACGCAAACGCCAGUUCGAGAAGCAGAGUCUGGAGUCAAACCUUCUGAGGAUGUGCUUGGAAACGUGUCCUCGUCACUUUGGAGUUUCGUCAGCGAUGUAAAAACAGGUUUAAUGGGCAUUAACGAAGAACCCACAUCACAAGAUUCCCAACAGCGUCCCGGAGACGCCAGUCCGCUCGUGUUUGUGGAAAAGGAAACGGAACUUGAAGAUCUGCAUGAUAAGAAAAGCGAAUGA